UGGCCGCUCCGCGUGGGCCGGGCAUGGCGCGGGGCGCGGAACGCGGCACGAUGAGCGCGCUGGGUAGCCCAGUGCGGGCCUACGACUUUCUGCUCAAGUUCCUGCUGGUGGGCGACAGCGACGUGGGCAAGGGUGAGAUCCUGGCCAGCCUGCAGGACGGCGCUGCCGAGUCCCCAUAUGGCCACCCGGCAGGUAUCGACUACAGGACGACCACCAUCCUGCUGGAUGGCCGGCGUGUGAAGCUGCAGCUCUGGGACACGUCGGGACAGGGAAGAUUCUGUACCAUAUUCCGCUCCUACUCGCGGGGUGCACAGGGUGUGAUCCUGGUCUACGACAUCACAAACCGCUGGUCAUUCGAUGGAAUCAAUCGGUGGAUCAAGGAGAUUGACGAGCAUGCCCCUGGUGUCCCCAGGAUCCUGGUGGGAAACAGGCUGCACUUGGCCUUCAAGCGGCAGGUACCCACUGAGCAAGCCCGGGCCUACGCAGAGCGCCUGGGUGUGACCUUCUUUGAGGUCAGCCCCUUGUGCAACUUCAAUGUCACAGAGUCCUUCACGGAGCUGGCCAGGAUCGUGCUGCUACGGCAUGGGAUGGACCGGCUCUGGAGACCCAGCAAGGUGCCCAGUCUGCAGGAGCUGUGCUGCCGAGCUGUGGUGUCCUGCACACCUGUGCACCUCGUGGACAAGCUCCCACUGCCUGUCGCCUUACGAAGCCACCUCAAAUCCUUCUCCAUGGCAAACGGCCUCAACGCCCGCAUGAUGCACGGCCGCUCCUACUCGCUCACUGCCUCCUCACACCGGCGGGGGCUGCGCAAGGCCAGGCCUGCCCGCCCCCGAAGCCCUGCCAAGCGUGGCAGGAGCAGCUGCAAGGUCUCCUAG